AUAUUUUAAUAUUUGAGGUUGCAAGACUCUACACAUCAUUCCAUUUUCACAAGGAAACACAAACUGAAGCGCGAGGAAGCAGAGUAUCAUGGCCAUGAGACGGAAAGAUUGGGUGAUUGCGACAGCGUUAACGUUGUUGCUGUUUGUUUCUUUUCCGGCGUUCAGUUACGGACUUGUUCCUCCUCGUACGCUGCUCAAUAAGUUGUCGGAGGGCAAAUAUCUCACCAAUCAGGAGCACUGGUUCGACCAAACCCUCGAUCACUUCUCUCCCUAUGAUCACCGGCAAUUCCGGCAGCGUUACUAUGAGUUCCUAGACUAUUUCCGGAUCCCCGAUGGACCAAUUUUUUUGUUAAUCGGUGGCGAAGGCACAUCCAAUGGCAUAGCGAAUGACUAUCUAGCUGUACUGGCAAAGAAGUUUGGCGCAGCUUUGGUUUCUCUGGAACAUCGCUACUACGGAAAGAGUUCUCCGUUUAGUUCUUUGGAGACAGAAAAUUUGAAAUAUCUUUCAUCCAAGCAGGCACUCUCUGAUUUGGCCACUUUUCGCCAGUAUUAUCAGGAGUCCUUAAAUGCCAAGCUUAAUAGAACAAAAAUUGAAAACCCCUGGUUCAUUUUUGGUGGCUCAUAUUCUGGAGCACUCAGUGCAUGGUUCCGUCUUAAAUUUCCCCAUUUAACUUGUGGAAGUCUGGCAAGUUCAGCAGUUGUUCUUGCUGUUUAUAACUUCACAGAAUUUGAUCAGCAGAUUGGUGAGUCAGCAGGUCCUGAAUGUAAAGCAGUGCUGCAAGAGAUUACUCAACUCGUUGAACAAAAGCUUGCAAGCAGUGGAAGCAAAGUGAAGGCCACUUUUGAUGCAGAAGAUCUUGAAAUAGAUGGAGACUUUUUUUAUUAUUUGGCUGAUGCUGCUGCUAUAGCAUUUCAAUAUGGAAAUCCAGAUAAAGUAUGCGAGCCUAUAGUUAAAGCUAAGAAGGCUGGAGAGGACUUGGUGGAUGCUUAUGCCAAAUAUGUUAAAGAGUACUACUCUGGAACUUUUGGUGUUAGUGUACAGAGUUAUGAUCAGAAGUACUUGAAAAGAACUGAUAUUAAUAAAGACAGUUCAUCUCGAUUAUGGUGGUUUCAAGUUUGCACUGAAGUUGCAUACUUUCAGGUGGCUCCCUCAAAUGAUAGUAUUCGCUCCUCAAAAGUUGACGCAAAAUACCACUUGGACCUUUGCGAAAAUGUCUUUGGAAAGGGUACCUUUCCUGACGUUGAUGCAACUAACUUAUACUACGGUGGCACAAAAAUUGCUGGUUCCAAAAUAAUAUUUACAAACGGCUCACAAGACCCUUGGCGCCAUGCGUCCAAACAAACUUCAUCUCCUGAUAUGCCCUCCUACGUUGUUUCAUGUUCUAACUGUGGCCACUGUUCUGAUUAUCGAGGAUGUCCUCAAGUUCCUUUCGCCAUUGAAGGUAGUGAGAAAAACUGCACCUCUCCUGACGCAGUUCACAAAGUAAGGCAAAAGAUUUCAGAAAAUAUGGACUUGUGGUUAUCUGAGUGCGUGGACACAGGCAGAAGUUUUAUAUGAUUAUUUACAUACACCAAUUGCACGGUGCACUAUAACUUUACUUUUGGAAUUUCUUUCCUUUAAAAAGAUAAUAUUUACACCCUUCAAUAUUUUGUUAAAUGACUUUGUAUAAAAUGACCAAAUAUAAAGCAAAAUAUAUGUAUGCACUGUUAUGUUUAUGUAUUUA